AUGGCUAAUUGGAAGAAGUUGGAAAUUAUAGGAAACGGUUCAUAUGCUACCGUUUAUCUAGCUGCUGUCAUGUUUCCGCAGGAAGAGUCAAAUUGGAAGGUUACAGCUGUGAAGAGUUCGAGGCCUUUUCCUUACUCAUUUGCUUCUUUGCGAAAGGAGAAAAAAAUAUUGGAAUUAUUUAUAGGUUGUAAAGAAAUCCUUCAAUGUUUUUUUUAUACUUAUACUAUAGAGAGAGGUUUUUCUAUCUACAAUCUCUUUAUGGAGUUUGCUCCUUAUGGGUCUCUUGCUGAUUUAAUAAGGAAGGGACCACUCCCAGAGAAGGAAGUAAUAUUGUGUACUCACAUGCUUCUGAAGGGACUUUCUUGUAUUCAUGGAAAAGGAAUUGUCCAUUGUGAUCUUAAACCGGACAACAUUCUUCUCUUUCCUUCCUCAGAAGAUCCUACAAAAUUUCAACUAAAGAUUUCUGAUUUUGGAUUAUCCAAGAUUAGAGGAGAGAGAAAUGCUGACUUUGGACAGAUCAAGUUUAGAGGGACACCAUUUUACAUGUCACCAGAGUCUCUUGUAGGUUUGUUGGAAGCAUCCUUAGAUAUAUGGUCUCUUGGAUGCAUUGUUAUUGAAAUGAUAACAGGAUUCCCUGCAUGGAGAGACUUGGAAACUAGAGACGACCUAAUGUUCAAGCUUGCAUUUCUUCAAGAAGCACCAGAGAUACCUUAUGAACUCGAUUGGGAUUGCAAAAGUUUCUUAAGGAAGUGUUUUAUGAAGGAUCCUAGACAGAGAUGGACUGCUACAAUGCUUCUCACUCAUCCUUUCAUGCAGAAAGAAUAUCCAACAUCUUUUAUAAUUAAUAAUUCUUCAUCUUUUUUUCUUAUAUCAUAUGAUAUUGUGAGCUAUGUAUUGUUCAUAGCUUUGUUCUUUAUUUUAAAACUUGUUUAA